AUGACGCCGGUUGGCAAGGCCAAAAAAGGAAGCGUAGCUUCCGCCCAGUGGGCUGUUACCCAACUCCCAACACUGCCGAUGCCGGAUCCUGGGCAGCUACCUUGUGGUAGCAUGGUCCCCGUCGAGCAGCUGCAGCUCCAAGCGAUGGAGUACGAGGACAUGGAUGACACCGUGAAGCAGGAGAUUCGCUGGCGAUGUCUAGCCGAAUGUAUGGAGCCAGCCGAGGUUGCUUGCGCAGUGUUUUCAAGCAUUGCCCUUCAAGCACUUGGUGAUGUCAGCCUAGAUCCCCUAGACGAAGGUGAUCAGAUACGCUUGCGCCGCCACUCGCAUUCGGUGGUGAUGAUCAAUGCUCUGAUGGACGAGCGUAGCAACGUUUGCCUUGUGCAGGAUGGGUAUGACACGCGCGAGGCACCUUUAGCACUUGCCGCUUGGCGCUUAGAGAAACGGAGUAUUCCCUACACCUAUGACACGUACUUGAACGACAGUGGCAAGGUGCAAUGUUUUAGUGUGUGGUGCGGCAACAUCUACAAGCACCGACAUGUGAUUGGUGUUCUCCGCUUUCCAAUGCCAGAGAUCUCACCUUUCGUAAAGUGGCGUGGGCUCCUAGCCGAGCGCUUCAUACUGCGUGCGCGGCAACUGGAGCUCGACCCGCGCAAGUACCACGAGAAGCCCAUCCUUGAGUACCUUCAUGAAAUAGCAUCCACCACGACCCCGGGCAGGCCAUACACCUGCAUUGAACGCUGCUGCGGCUCCGGGGUGACCUCCGGGUUCAAUUGUGUUUGCCUGGUACGCCCACGCCACUUUGCGGCACAUUCUGCGAUUUGGACACUCUGGGCUUCCUCACGGAAGUGGCCACCGUGGCUCGUUCUGAGGCGAAUACUUGACGGGAUAUCAAAGCCGGCUUUACCUUUGGCGGUCCAGUCCGCAAUCAUAUCCUUCAUUGGCCAUGAGUUUAGCGAAGAGAUGUUCUUGCAGAGUGACGGGGAGCCUUUCGAAGUACCACACCUCGACCAGUGGGAGUGGUGGUUUCAAGCCUGGCAAACUGGCCCUUGCCGCUAG